AUGCGGUCCUUCCGGCAUGCUCAACCAGAUAUGCGGCGCGACGUCCAGGAAAUCUUCCGAAUCACCCCUCACAGCAAGCAAGUCAUGAUGUUUAGCGCAACGCUCUCGAAAGAGAUUCGCGUUACGUGCAAAAAGUUUAUGAAUAACCCACUGGAAAUUUUCAUCGAUGGCGAGUCAAAGCUCACAUUGCACGAUCUCCAGCAAUACUUCCUUCGCCUCGAGGAGACGCAAAAGAACCGCAAGCUCAACGACCUCCUCGACACCCUUGACUUUAACCAAGUUGUCAUCUUUGUCAAGAGCGUCGGACGUGCGGUCGAAUUGGACAAGUUGCUCCGAGAAUGUGGCUUCCCGGGUACUACCGUGCACUCUGGUCUCUCUCAAGAGGAGCGUAUCUCACGCUAUAAAGAGUUUAAGAACUUUGAAAGCGUAUCCUCGUCGCGACUGACAUCUUUGGAUGCGGUAUCGAUGUCGAACGUGUCAACAUUGUCAUCAACUACGAUACUCCCGCAGACGCCGACUCGUACCUUCACCGUGUCGGGCGAGCUGGUCGCUUCGGUACCAAAGGCCGAUCUGGACGUGUUGGAGCAAAUUCAGAGCAGGUUCGAGAUUGCUAUCACGGGGAUGCCUGCAGAGUUGGACAAGACUACGUACAUGGAGCGUUGGGUGCGCAUGGAACGAGGGCCGGGCCCAACGCCGGCCCCAGUGAGUGCACCUCUGGUUGUGCGUGCUUUGCCGUCAAUUCCAUCUCGUGCGGCGCCACUUCCACAUUUUUUCACACCAGAAACGCAUCAAGAUUUGAUUGGAGACGAUGAAGAAAUCAUUACCAUCUGGGACUACUAUAACGCGAACGCGGCAAGGAUGGACGCAGACACGAUCAAGGAUGCGAAUGAUACUGCACAGGUUCUGCUCACUUUUGCUGGUCUGUUCUCAGCUGCCGUCGCAGCCUUCAUCCCCAUCACCUUCUCCAAGCUAUCGCCAGAUCCGAACGAAAUUCUACUCGGAAUCUUCGAAUCCUUGAAUAAUGGUGAAAGUCCAAGCUCAAGGAUUCAACCACCACCCGCAUUUGGUAUCCGCGUAAACAUUUUUCUCUUUGGCGCCAUUAGUAUCGCCCUGGGUGUGGCCGUACUCUGCAUCUUGGUUAACCAAUGGGCAUCCAACUAUCAACGCGAGAUCGUAUCUGCCUUCUCUUCCCCACAUCAUCGAGCUCGCGCGCACUAUUUCCUGCAUAGUGGGAUUGAGUGGUAUGACUUCAUAGGCAUCGUAGACUGGCUUUCUCUCUUGAUGCUUCUGGCUGUCCUCCUUGCCAUGGUUGGCAUCUCUGACCUCAUCUUCUCCACAUGCCCUCGCAUCGGGUACAUUCCGGUCAUAUCAUUUGCCCUAUGCAUGGCCUUUGUCUUGUGGAAAACUAUUCAAGCCUAUCUCCAUCCUGAUGCUCCCUUUCGGUCUCCCUUAUCUCACGUGCUAACACGGAUACUCAAGACGAUCAGCCCAAUACCAGUAAACCGACGAAAUAAAGGACAUGUACUCAAAAAACGUCACUCUACGCUAAUAAACAGAGCGAGUACACACUCACGAGCCUUACAGACAUCUGGAGUAUACGAUGAAGCAAUUGAUGAGGAUCACACAAGUAUAAAGCAGUAUGUCAAGUCGUACGAUCAGCUCGACCUGGACAUCAUCAGUCAAAUCAUGCAUCAAGCUGACACUGCAACUGAGCGUUGGCUCCUCGACCUUUGCUUCAAAAAGCUUCCUUCACUCGAGUGGCUCACAUGCAAUUUUCAACAAAACGAGAUGCUCUUGUACCCAUCCAUCCUCAAGAGGAGCAUCUUCCUCGCAAAGACCUGCAUAAAAAAGACAUCGGAAUCGCCGGGAUCAGAGUCCAAGACGUUGGUGCCUGGUCGCUUUCAACGUGCGGAAACCUUGAGCGAGUUUCUCGUUUGGCUUCUCCCGCUGGCCUCUGCUGAGCUGCGAACGAAAUUAUGCGAUGAGGAUUUGGUCACGCCAUGGAUGGAUAUGUUGCACGCAUACAGCUGGUACGCACUCAGCACGCUAGGGAUGAAAGGGCGCCCUUCUGACAACUCCGUCGAUGUGGAGCGGCUCAUCAAGGCAGUAUGUACGGCCUAUACUGCCCUUGGUCUCCUUGCGCAUCGGUUUCAAUUUAAUGCACAUUCGCUAAACCCUUGCUCAGUCUGCGAAUCUGGAUUGACCAAUCUAAGGCAGGCCGUGCAACGGGACAUUGACAGUUCGAAAAAAGAGGAUUUAAAUGAUUUAGAAGAGGCCAAAAAUAAACAGAUCUUAUUUGCAGCGCUCCUGGGGUUCCUUACUAUGCGCUGCGACUGCAUAGUAGGGCCGUAUGGAUCGUGGCUGGACAACGAGCCCGGUGAAAUCGCGUCUCUUGUGACGAAAAGGUUUGCAUCGGAGGCAAUCACCACCUCAGAGGCCUUUUACACAGUCUCUGAGGAAGAGAAGAGGAUCUUGCUGAAGAUUCUGAAAGAACGCAAGAUGAAGGUUGGUGAGACGGAACAUAGAUUGUGGUUUGCACUGCUGGUUAACGUUGUGCAAUCGUUGACUAUCAUGACCACCUCUCCCAUAGGGUCAUGA